CCGGAACUAUGUCAGCUGGUACACAGCGGUUGAUUUAAACGUUGCAGACAUGAUGGUGGAUUUAAACGAAGCGAGUGUGCUUUGAAGUUUGAGGUAGCGGUUGUCUUCAGCGUUUGGUUGGAAGGUUACAUGCUACACAAACACAUGACAUAGGUGAUCGACCGCAGACAUGGAUAACGUGCAUGUCGCUAUUCGUGUGCGUCCCUUAAUUCAAAGGGAGAAGCAAGUAGAGGCAGCGACACACUGGAAGGCAGACACUCACACAGUCGUCCAGUUGGAUCAAAGAGGGAAGGCCUGUAGGAAGGAAUAUGUGUUUGAUCGUGUAUUUGACUCUAGCGAGACAACCAACGAUGUCUAUGAAGAAAUCGCGCAGCCUAUUGUGGUUGAAGCCAUGGAUGGCAUUAAUGGCACCAUCUUUGCCUAUGGACAAACCUCCAGUGGUAAGACGCAUACCAUGAUGGGUGACAGUCGUGCACCUGGCAUCAUCCCCUGCGCUAUACAGGAUAUCUUUGACAGCAUUGAAAAUACCCAAAACCGUGAGUUUCUGCUAAGAGUGAGCUACAUGGAGCUGUACAACGAGGGCCUUUGUGAUCUUCUCAGCAGCGAAAAGAAACCACUCCAGAUCAGAGAGGUUGAUAAACGUGUGUUCGUCCAUGACUUGACUGAACAAGUUGUCACUCAGCCUGAAGAUGUGCUUCAACUUCUCAAGAAAGGAGAGGCUCAACGUCAUUAUGGUCAGACAGACAUGAAUGAACGGAGUAGUCGCUCACACACAAUAUUCUGUAUGAUCAUUGAGUCAAGGGAAAGAGCAGACAGGAAACGAUCCAUGGAGCUAGCUGUAAAAGUAUCCCAUCUGAAUCUGGUGGACCUAGCAGGCUCUGAACGUGCCAACGAGACCAAAGCGGAAGGCGCCCGACUGAAGGAAGCCUGCCGCAUCAAUCAGAGCCUUCACCAACUGGCCAUGGUCAUCAAUAAACUGAGUCAGGGAGCCGAGUUCAUCCCCUUCAGGGACUCCAAGCUGACCAGGAUACUCCAGAUGUCUCUUGGGGGUAACGCCAAGACGGCUAUCAUCUGUACCAUCACGCCGGCCUCCAUUGAACAGACACACAGCACUCUUCAGUUUGCUAGCCGGGCCAAAACAAUCAAGAACAAACCUCAAAUCAAUGAGGUCGUGUCUGACGAGGCCAUGAUGCAGCGGCAGAAGAAGGAGAUCCAAGAACUCAAGAGGAAGGUCCUGGAGUUGGAGCAACAAGGGGAAUUGUUGGAGGAGAAGGCCAGCCUGCAUGAGCAGCAAGAACAGAAGAUCAAGUUGCUGGAGAAGAUGAUUCUGGUCUCGGGCGGGGCCGGCAUCCCCUCCGUCAUGCCAGGCUCGGAAACGAAGAAAGCCAAAUACAAGCGCCGUCAGACAUGGUGCCCUGGUAUGAACCGCCUGCCCCUCCUGCCACUUUCCAAGCCGGCCGGCCCAGCGGCGGUAGAGGAGGUGUCCUUCAUAUCGCUCCCACCCUCCUCGGCACUCAAGAGGACCCAUGAUUCCUCUGACGGAGGCGAUUUGUCAUCUUCACCCCCCGUUAGUCCAGUUGCCUCCAUCUGCAGUGAUGAUUUCUCCCAAACCAAACAGCUGGAGUUCUUGGAGGACAUUGAGCAAAAUCAGAACACGGAAGAAGAUAGCUUCCUGGCCCCACUGCCCCUUAGCCCGCAGAGAAUCAAGAAGAAAAGGCGCAGGGCACACGUCCACUUCUCCAUGCCUCUUGACUCGGACACAGUGGAUGCAGAGUGUCAAACUGAGCCAUCAGAGGCACAGACUGACAGUGAAGGAACAGUCAGUGGAAUCAUCCGUGAAGAGCAGACAGUCAUCUCCGAGCUGAAAGACAAGGUCUGUGCUCUGGAAUCCACCAUCGUCACCUUGGAAGAUGAGAAAAGGAGUACCUUACAACUGCAACAGGAGAUUGAUCAAUCAAAGAAAUAUGCUGAGGAUCUGCAGAACAGAAUCGUAGAGCUGGAAAGCACUGCUACAGCCAGGGAAGAAACAGCAGAAGCUACAGCAAAUCUGUCAGAGGCUCUUCAAGCAUCAAAUGACCAAUGCAGCGAGCUGAAGCAACAAGUGGCCUGCCUUGAAGGAAAACUAGCCAGCUUCGAGGAAGAAAAAGCCACAGUGUUCCACUUGCUGAAGAACCAAGAGGCCUUGGAACAGGAAUGCAAGGAGUUGAGGGAGAAGGGCGAAGAGAUGGAGAAUGAGAUCAAAAGUCUUGAAGAGGAAAACUUGAUGGUGAAUCAGCUGUCAGAUGCUUUGUGCCUGUCGGAGGAGAAAGUGGCUGAACUGGAGGGGCAAGUGAAAGAUGCAGACUGCAGAGUGGCUGCGCUGACCAAAGACAUCUCCGAGUUAAAGGCUCAACUCGAGGAACAACAAGGUUCCUCAGUUAGCGCCGCCCAUGAAUCCGAGCUGGAAAUCCUGGCCCUGAAGUCGCAGUUGCAGGAGCAUGGUGAUGCCCUCUCAGCAUCCUCACAGCAAUCGGAGGCUGAGGUAGCCGGUUUGCGGGAGACCAUUGGGGAGCUGGAGGCAGCUAUCUCCAGUCUGAGGACAGAACGGGAGGAAUUGUCGGCUCUCCCGCAGAGUCUCAAAGCAAAGGAGAUGCAGCUGGAGGAGCUCUGCCAGAUGUACCAACAGGCUGAGGAGACCAUUGCAUCAUUGAAGCAGGAGAAGGCAGCAAUGAGACAGGAGUUCGACCAACAAAAUGACACAAUUGACCAGAGCACAAAAGAUACCAGUGAGAAUAUAGCAAAAGUGAAAGAACUGGAAGAAACAAUCCAGUUGCGGGAUGAAGAGCAGGAGGUUGUGAACCAACUCCUCGAGGAGCAACGACAGGAGCUGGAGACGAUCAACCAGAACCUAGAAAGGCAGCGGGAAGAGGCCGAGAAACAGGAGCAAGAGGCUGCCCAAAGGAUAGCAGAGCUGGGAAAGCUCUUGGAGGAGCAGCGCCAGGAAGUGGAGACCCUUAAACAUGGCCUGCAGGACCAGGGCUCGGAGGCUUCAAGUCGGAUGCAGGAUUCUGCUGCCACCAUUGCUGCCCUGACACGGCAGCUUCAAGCUCUUGAAAGGAAGCAGGGAGCUCUGGCUGACGAUGGCCAGGCGGCCUCAGCUGAGGAGCGCACGAGAGAGUUUGCUGUGCCUUCAGAGAAUGACUUGGAGCAGGCUGACGAAAAAGUAAAAGAGCUGACCAUGUUACUUCAAGUCCGACAAGAGGAGAUUGACACCCUCAACACCUUCCUACAUGAACAGGCCAAGGAUGCUGAAGAGAUGAGAAGCCACCAUGUGGCAAGGAUUGCUGAGCUGACAGCGCUCUUGGAGGAACAGCAGGGCCAGCUGGCGAUGUCUGAGGCAGCCUCGCAAGGCUGCUUGGACAGCGGAGUGGGGUCAUCACUGGCCGAUGAGCUGGGGACUCAGGAAUGGAAAGCAAAGGCAAGACGGACUGAGUCCGACCUUCUUGGGUCCGUCCAACUUUGUGAAGACAUCAUGGAAGAGAAGAGUAAAAUCGCCCUCCAAAUGAAUGAACUGCAAGAGGAGUGCAGCAGCCUUAAGGAAUCACUCAGGGUCAAGGUGGCAGACUUACAGUCACUACAAGAACUCCAUGAAUUCAUCAAGAUGGAAGCUACAGUGACCAAGGAACAGGAGAUGGAGUAUCAGAACAACAUCGAAGAGCUCAAGAAAGAGCUUGCAGAUCAAGGGAAGACACUGGCAGCACAGUUUCGUCAAGAGAUACAAGACCUGCAGAAGAAGCUCAGCACCAAAGACAAAGUUUUGGAGGCUCAGUACCAACAGGACAUUGACGAACUCCUUCACAAGCUCCGGGAAAAGAACCAGAAGGUGGAUUCUCUGCAAGAACAAAACGCAGGUCUGGCCCAAGCUAUCGGCCAAAAGGAGCAGCUAGCUGAAAGUCUUCGAAGGCGGCUCAGCGACUUGAUACGCCCCUUGGAUGCUGUGGAUGAAAGUGCUGUGAUGCAGAAGUUGGCUGAAGAAGUUCCGGCAGCUGGAGUAGAUAUAGAUGAAGGAACUCAAACAGAGCUAGGCGAAAGGGUAUGUACCGUGCAAAAGAUUGUUGGAAGCUCAGAAGAGGCCACUCAAGUGACGUUGGAAGAUUUUGGAUUCCAUGCUAUUGAAACAUCAUCUCAGACAGAAGCUGUCCAAGAAAAGAUGACAGAGUCUGCAGAGGCAGCCGUCCAGCCAGAGGUCCUUCAACUGAAGCUAGUAGAGCUUGAAGCUAGGGAGGCAGCCCUUAGGCGGGAAUGUGAUUCCCUGACGAUGACCAUCAGCAGCCGAGAUCAGGAGAUUGAGGUUCUCAAUGAGAUCCUACAGGAUUACGGACAGGAGAAGGAUGGUGAGACAGACGACACAGCCAAAAUUGCAGCCUUUGUUCAGCGCAUUGAGGAACUAGAAGAAAAGCUCAAGGGUUCCACUUCCAACCCCCAAAUUGUGCCACUCACAGAUACCAUAGAACAGCCUGUUAUUGAUCAGGCUUCAACAGAUGAGAAUAAAAGUCUUGCAGAUGCCCUCUCCAGGAGUGAAACUCUCCGUGAAGAGCUCCACAUAAAAGUACAAAGUUUGGAGGAAACGUUAGAAGAAAAAGAAGUCGGUGCCAGUACUGAGCUAUCGCAUCUGCAGAAGGAGCUUGAAGUCUUGACAGAGAAUAAUUUGUCUCAGUCUGAGAAAAUAACGGCAGUUCAAGCCUACUGCAGUGAGCUGGAGGCAAAGAUUCUUGUGGUGAAUGGCAGUGAGCAAAAGGACUACAAUCAAGAGAUUCAUCUUGCAACUGAGGCUCUAGAGCAGCAGUUACAAGAGCAGUUGGUCUCGCAGAAGGCAGAAUGGGUCCAGAUUGAAGACGAGCUCAAGGACAGGAUAAAGCACUUGGAGGAGCGUGCUGAGAAACUCAGCCAAGAAAAUCAAGACUUGUUAGAGUUAAAGUCUGGAGAGUCUAAGCAGGUCAACAGUGAAGUUGCAAGUGAGAAGGAAGCCUUACUUGAAGAGCAAAGAGUCCUCAGGCAAUUCUUGAAGGAGAGCUCAAACAAAGUGAGAGAGCUGGAGGCAGCAGUGGCUUUGAUGGGCAGCCAAUCCAGAGAGUCAGCUGAAACCAUCAAGAAUCGAGAUGAUGAAAUUGAGAUGCUGCGCCAAGUCCUUGGGGAACAAGAGGAGCAACUGGAGGCCACCAGAAAUGAUAACAAGGUAUCAGUUUCAAGGAUAAAAGACCUUGAAUGUAGGAUUGAAACCAUGCACCAGAAGAUUUCUUACCGAACAGUGGAGAAAAACGAGGAAGACGGUGAAAUUUGCAGGCUUCGCGGUAUUCUGGAGGACCAAGAAGAACUGUUGCGAACCAAGGACAACCAAAAUGUUGAGUCGCUCUCUAGGAUAGAGUACUUGGAAUCUGCCCUGGCUGCUAAGAGUACAAAGAUACAAGAAAACUCACAAGUGGAAGCUGAGCAGCUUGACAAAAUUCAAAGGCUGCAAAAUUGUUUGGAUGAGCAGGCUGACCAGCUGAGGUGCAAAGAUGAAAUGUGCAGCAAGCUUGGGGAAAAACUACGAGAUCUGGAGAGAGUUUUGGCAGCCAAGAACUCUAAAGGCACUGAAUGGGAAGCAAUAAAAUUAAAGCAGGAGGAAGAGAUUCAGGUGUUGGAGCAGGAGCUGAGGAGCAAAGAUGAACUGUGCACUGAGCUGUCAGCAAAACUGCUAGACGUGGAGAGGGUCGUGUCAGCUAUGCACUCUGAGAGCCCUGAAUGGGAAGCAGUAAAAUUGAAGCAGGAGGAAAAGAUUCAGAUGUUGGAGCUUGAGCUGAGGAGUAAAGAUGAGAUGUGUGCCGAGCUGACGGCAAAACUGCAAGAUGUGGAAAGGGUUGUGUCAGCCAUGCAUUCUGAGAGCCCUGACUGGGAAGCAGUAAAAUUGAAACAGGAGGAAGAAAUUGAAAUGUUGCAAUGUGAGCUGAGGAGCAAACAGGAAACGUGCGCUGAGCUGUCAGCAAAAGUGCAAGACCUGGAAAGGGUUGUGUCGGCUAUGCACUCCGAGAGCUCCCAGCAGGAGGAAGAGGUACAGAUGUUUGAGCGUGAGCUUAGAAGCAGGAAUGAAACGUGCGCAGAGCUUGGGGCAAAGCUACAAGACCUGGAGAGGGUUAUGGCAGCCAUGGACUCCAAGAGUGCCGAAUGGGAAGCGGCAAAAUUGAAACAUGGAGAAGAGAUCCAAAUGUUGGAGCGUGAGCUUGAUGACAUGGGUGAGGAAUACAGCCAACACAAGAACACUUAUGCUGCCCUGCAGAGAGCUUCCAGAGACCAGCAAGCUAGGAUCAAGGAACUGGAAGCUGUCAUCACAAAACAGAAUGAGGAGAUCAAGGUCUUCCGAGCCCUGCUUGACGAGCGCAACCAGAAGGUCCUGAAUCACGAAGAUAGGUACUACGAGAUGUUCACCCAGGUCCAAAAUCUAGAAAGUGCCCAGUCAGUCAAGGAGCAGACCAUCUUACAACUGGAAGAUAGAGUCCAGCGUCUAAACGGAGAGCUCCAGCAAGUUUACACCGCUCUCUCAGAUCAAGAAAAAGAGCUUCAAGCUCACUGCUCAGAGCUUAAAGAGCAGCUCAAGACUGGGAGAAAUUCUCUCAGUACCAAGGAACAGCAAAUGAAGCAGCUACAAGAAAUGGUAAACCAGAGAGGCCAAGAAAUCUCAUCCUUGCAGCGCCAGUUGGAUGAAUUUUGCCAACAGAAGAACGGGUUUCUCACAGAUGUUUCUAAGAAAGAGGAAGAGUUCCGCAGCAUGCAGAGGGCCCUUCAGGACUAUCAGAGUCGAGACCAGAGCUCGGCCCAAGAGAUCAAGGCCCUUGAAGUCCAGGUGCACCAACUGACAGAAGAGUUGGAAACAGCGAAGGCUUCCACAAAUGAACCCGAAGAGGUAGAAAGACUCCAGAAGGAAAAGAACGAAAUCCAGUCCCAACUUGACAAAAUCAGCCGCAAGCUGCAAAGGAAGGCCACAGACUUGACCAACUUGGCCGACACGUACGACGGCCUGAAGCUGACCUGCUGCGAGUUGGAAGAUGAGUUCGAAGAAGAGAAGGCUCAGCAUGAGCAAACCAAAGUCAAGAUGGAAGAAGCCCAGGCCCGGCUAGCUAGGCUUGAGGAACUGGAGAAGCAGAGCCUGAGCGUGGAGGAGCUAGUGAAAAGCCACAGGCAGGAGAUCGCCACGAAGAAUCUGCGCAUCAAUGAGCUAGAGACGGACCUCCUGAGGGGUACCGAUCCGCUGGAGGAUAAGAUAAGAUCUCUGAGAUCGGAGGUACAAUACCAGGAGCGCAAAGUACAGCAGUACAAGAAGGAACUGGAGAAACUCCGCAGCGAACAGUCCCAGCAAGCUCAUGAGACAUCAAACAGUGCAUCAGCGACGGUUCCAGAGCGAGCGCCGGAAGCCACAGGGGGCUCCGGCAUCAUCGAGAGCUGCGCCAUCUUUGCCAUGAAGGCAGAGAACCACAAACUGACCAAGUCCCUGGAGAAGGCUAAGAGGGAGCUGGAACACAAGGACAUGAAGUACCAUGACCAGGUUUCCAAGAAAACGGAGGCUGAGCAAGAAGCCCGCUACUGGAAGGACAAAGCCCGAUCCAUGGCUAGUCAUCUCAAGAGGGCACCGCCAAGCCACGUGACCGACUCGAGUGUUUCAUCACCGCUAAAAGAGCUAGAUGCCAAUGACCCAACCAGCCAUCAAGCCCUCCCCAAGAGAACCCGGGCCGGUGAACCGCCCAGAUCCAAGUACGUCGAGAAGAUCCCUGGCCUGCAGCGACCAGCAGUAGCAACAAAGGCUUCCCAGCAGCAGCAGCAGCAGAAGCAGCAGCAGCGAGAAGACAGGAACUGGCUGACCAAGGCGGUUGCAGAGAGAGACGCUAGUGAGACAGGCAGAGGUGCUGAUGACGACCCUCAACAAUGUGCCACCCAGUGAAAAACAAAACACCUGUUCGCACCAACCAUCCCAAAUUAUGCAAAGUCUAACAAGGCACCGCGUUAGUAUCUCUCUACAUGGGGCUGUCUAUAGCCCCUUCCAAGUUUAAGUCCAAUGAAUGUAAAGUUGAUGUCCUGUUCAAUGGAAGAUUUGGGAGUCCUGAUGAAGGUUCCAUGCCAAAAAGCUGAAGCAGUCAGGGCUUAUCUCUGUUCCACUAAAGAGGUUCCCCAAUAGAAUAGCAAAACUUUGUGUAGCCUCAGCCAGUUUUACUAUGUACAAAAAUUACAGUUCUGUAGUUUAUUUUAACUCGAGGGUGCCAGUACCCUGUUUUGGGGUAUUUUUGAAAUAUUUAUGAAACAUAUCAACCCUGCCUAACAAUGGGAACGCAUGCGUGGUCCGGACUUGUGGAGUCAGGUUGUGACAUAAUGGUACUUUCCCUGUUGUCAUCUUCUGUGACUCAGGUUCGAAUCCCUCCCAGUAGGACAUCAUGUGGCUGGGCGUUUUUAGUCCUCUAUCAAUGUUGUAGAAAGUGUAGCUAUCUGGGAUUACAAACAAAUAUCUCACAUCUUUCUGUGUUUUUGAAAAUAAAUAUGAAUGUACAUAAUGUUUGUAAAGAAUAAAAUGCUUCAGAUUUCCGCCGUAAAAGGAUCGACAGUGUGUGCAUGUGUCAAGUACAGCACAAUCGCUGAACAACACAUUGAUCUGGACGGAGACUUGCAGAUGUAGAUUUUUUAUAUAGUAGCCCAUUUACAUUGUAUCUUUAAGCUAAAGAAAACAGAACUGUAAGUUUUUUUUCUAUGUAUAAAAAGUUGCCUUUUUCUGUGAAUAUCAAGUAUAUUCUGUUCCACUUUCGACACCAAAAAAAAAACCCUAAGAGAUUAAAGUUGAUGUCAUUAUUGAUUUGUGUGAAUUUUGAUAACGUAUAAAUUCAUGUACAUGUGCACGCUUUCUGUUUCAAUCAUAGUCAAUUCCAUACCAUCAAGUUAUUUAUUUUGGGUUCUGUUUUUGCUUUUUUUUUAAUUUAGCAAAUGUAAAUAAAAACCUUUGCACUAAA